CUUCAUUGUGCAUUGAGCAGCCUAGGUCCCUAGUGUGCCAGGGAGGAGGCGGUAGGAGGGACACCGUUGGGAGGCUCCCAAAGCUCCCUGGCUGGUGUUCCCUGGGGCCCUGGCCCGGGAGGAUGGUGCACACAUGGGUGGCUGUUUCUGCAUCCCCAGGGAGCGGAGUCUGCCCUGGAGCUCAGGUAAAGAAAGUCCUUCCAAGGAUCCAAUCAUAUCAAGUGAGGGUUUAUCUUCAUCUGAACAUAAGGAAAACUGUUUCCUGCCACAGAACGUGACACCAGAUCUGACACUCUCCUUCUGUGUGAGGAGCCGCUCCAGGAAGUGUGUAAACGGACCUUUGCAGGAAUCUGCCCGGAGGCGGCUCUGGGCGCUGGAGAACGAGGACCAGGAUGUUCGUGCCUUGUUUAAGGAACUUUCAGCAAGGUUGGUGAGUAUCCAGUCCCAGAAGGCCCAGUUCAUCCUCACCUUCAAGACCAUGGAAGAAAUCUGGAAAUUCUCCACCUACCUGAAUUUAGGCUAUGUGUCCACUUGUUUGGAACACCUUCUCUUUGACCACAAGUACUGGCUCAACUGCAGGUUGGUGGAGGACACAGAGAUCCAAGUGUCUAUCGAUGAUGAACACCUGGAAACCAUGUACCUGAGUCUCCUGGUACAGGAAGGCCACUUCUUCUGCAGAGCCCUGUGCUCCUUGACUCAGCCAGCUGAGAAGGAAGGCGAGUGUUUGACACUUUGCAAGAAUGAGCUAAUCUCCGUGAAGAUCUCUGAAGGAGAAUCUGAGUGGGAAGGCGUGUCCUUGGUGACUGGUCAGCGGGGCCUGGUGCCUGCCUCAGUCCUGGAGCCUCUACCUGUCCCUUUCCAUCAAUGGUUCCUAAAGAAUUAUCCAGGAAACUGUGGUCUUUCCAGGAAGAAGGAUUGGACAGGCUCCUAUCAGAUGGGCAGAGGACGAUGCAAGGCCUCGAAGGAUUAUGAGCGGAAAGAAAAGGACGAACUGAGCUUCUGCCAGGGAGAAAGCAUUGAGAUUGUGGGCUUCGUCAUCCCGGGGCUUCAGUGGUUCAUUGGGAAGUCAAUGAGCUCAGGAGAAGUGGGCUUUGUCCCCACCAAGAGCAUAGAUCCCGAUUCCUGCUCUCCAAUGAGCAAGAACUCUGUGUUUUUCAGUGAUGAGGAAAGGUGCUCUCUGUGGGCCCUGGGAAACGACAAGAAAGCGGAGUGUGCCAGCUUCCUCCACGCACUGGCUCAGACUGACAUCACAUCUGUCUACAGGCUUAGUGGGUUUGAAUCCAUCCAGAAUCUUCCCAAUGAUUUGAGCGCAUCCCAGGCUGAAGGCUUCCACGAGGCCAGGUCUGGUGGAGCCUGGGAGGAGCGACAGUUCGUGGGCUCCAGAUACUCCAGCAGCUCCGGGGAUUCCCACCUGGAGGAGGAGGAGCUCCUCUCAGCCGCCUCCGACAGCUAUCUCCUCCCAGAACCUGAUGACCUUGACGAUCCCGAACUUUUCAUGGACCUCAACACUGAUCAGGAUGAGGAGGAGGCUGAUAACUUUGGCUCCAUAUUGGCUUUUUUGGAUCAUGAGGGUUACACCGACAACUUUAAGAGCCUGUACGAUUUCUCCUUCUCUUUUCUUACUUCUUCGUUUUACAACUUCUCUGAAGAGGAUGAGCUUGUGGCCUAUCUGGAGGCCUCCAGGAAGUGGGCCAAGAAGAGCCAUAUGACCUGGGCGCAUGCCCGGCUCUGCUUCCUCUUGGGCCGGCUGAGUGUCAGGAAAGUCAAGCUCUCCCAGGCCAGGGUGUACUUUGAGGAGGCCAUCCACAUUCUCGAUGGGGCCUUUGGGGACCUAUCCUUGGUGGCCUCUCUGUACAUCCACUUGGCUGCCAUCUAUCUGAGACAGAGGCUGGUGCAUAAAGGCCCAGGCCUGCUGGAAAAGGCAGGGGCUCUGCUGGCCUGCCUGCCGGACCGUGAGUCCAGUGCCAAGAGCGAGCUUGAUGUGGUGGCCUAUGUGCUGCGCCAGGGGAUUGUGGAGGGCAGCAGCCCCCUGGAGGCCAGGGCCUGCUUUCUGGCCAUUCAAUUGCUCCUGAAGCUAGGCCGGCACGAGGAAGUCCUGCCCUUUGCUGAGCGCCUGCAGCUCUUGUCUGGACAUCCUCCUCCUUCAGAUGCUAUGGCCACCAUCUUGAGUUUUCUCUAUGACAAGAAAUAUCUUCCACAUCUUGCAGUGGCCUCUGUCCAGCAACGUGGUACUCAGAGUGCUCAGGGCACAUCUCUUCCGGUUUGGCAGGUCUACUUGGUCCUCCAGAAUACCCCCAAGCUCCUUGGCAUUUGUUCCUCAAGCUGGGGUGAAGUUUCUGCCCUGGCCUGCCCAAUACUCAGGCAGUCGCUGGCUGCCUGUGAGGAACAAGCUGACUGGAGCACCCAGAGGGCUCUGUGUCUCAUCCUGUCCAAAACAUACCUCCAACACAGGUCUCCUGAUGGUGCCAUCCACUACCUAAGCCAGUCCUUGAUGCUGGGGAAGCUGCUGGGUGAGCCAGAAGUCUUUGAGUCUUCCCUCUGUCUGGCAUGGGCCUAUCUCUUAGCCAGACAGGCGAAGAAGGCUCUGGAAAUUCUUGAGCCACUGUUAUGCUCCCUGAAGGAGACAGAAAGUGUUGCCCAAAGUGGAGUGGUUCAUAACCUCCUGGGGCUUGCACUCCUAGAUGAAGGCUGUGUGAGCAGAGCUGCCGUGAACUAUCUCCAGGCCUUGAACAGAGCUUGGGAGAUGGGGGAUGUACGUAACCAGGCAGUAAUUAUGGCCAAUCUUGGUUACCUGACCUUCAAGUCCUGGGCUCCACAGCCAGCCAGGGACUUUCUCCUUCAGGCAGUCCAACUCUAUUCUGAACUCCAGACCUGCAAGGAGACCGACAUGGAAUUAGUACAGGUGCUUCUCUGGCUGGCUCAAGUUCUGGUGUCUGAACACCAGCUGACCCACGGUCGCCUAUGUUAUGAAAUGGCGUUGCUGUUUGGCUUAAGGCAUCAACAUCUAAAGAGUCAGCUUCAGGUCACCAAAUGCCUCUGCCAUUUCUACAGCUCUGUGUCCCCAAAUCCUGAGGCAUGCAUCAUGUACCACGAGCGCUGGCUGGCCCUGGCUCAGCAAUUCAGGGACAGAGAGAUGGAGGGGAGGCUGCUGGAGUCCCUUGGGCAGCUCUAUCGAAACCUAAACACUUCCAGGUCCCUCAGGAGGUCUCUCACCUGCAUCAAGGAGAGCCUGCGUAUAUUCAUUGACCUCGGGGAGACAGACAAGGCUGCUGAGGCCUGGCUGGGGGCUGGGCGACUCCACUACCUCAUGCAGGAGGACGAGCUGGUGGAGCUGUACCUGCAGGCAGCCAUCCAGACAGCUUUGAAGUCAGAGGAGCCCUCUCUGGCCCUCAAACUCUACGAGGAAGCUGGCGAUGUGUUCUUCAAUGGGACGCGUCACCGGCACCGCGCUGUGGAGUAUUAUCGGGUUGGGGCUGUUCCUUUAGCAAGGAGGAUGAAGGCACUGAGAACUGAGCUCCGCAUUUUCAACAAGCUGACGGAAUUGCAGAUCAGCCUUCAGGGCUACGAGAAGGCUUUGGAAUUUGCCACACUGGCUGCCAGGCUAAGCAUAGUCACAGUCUUCCAAUUCCUAGGAGAUCAGAAGCAGGAGCUGGUGGCCUUUCACCGCCUAGCUACCGUGUACUACGCACUACACAUGUAUGAGAUGGCUGAGGACUGCUACCUAAAGACUCUGUCCCUUUGCCCACCAUGGCUGCAGAGUCCCAAGGAGGCGCUGUACUAUGCUAAGGUGUAUUGUCGCCUGGGCCAACUCACCUUCUACCAGCUGAAGGAUACCCAUGAUGCCAUUGAGUACUUCCUGUUGGCCUUGGCAGCAGCUGUCCUGCUGGGUGACGAAGAGCUGCAGGAAACCAUUAGGAGCAGGCUGGACAACAUCUGCCAGAGCCCCCUGUGGCAGGACAGUCCUCUGGGGUGCUGCUCAGAGAGGGCAUGGUGGCUGAGUGGCAGGGGCCUGGCCCUCUGAGGAAAGCUGUCUCAUCUCUGAGCAGUUGGUGUGGACAACUGCUGCUUCCUUGCCGUAGGCUCUUAGGUCCUAAUCAGGAGGGUCUGAGUCACCCCCUGGCCCAGCCUCCUCAUUUUACAAUGAGAAGAGUGGAGCCCAGAGGGAGAGGGAAUCAUUCCGGGCCACACAAGGCGCUGAUGAUGGAGCUGCGGUGGGAAGUCCAGGCUCAGGGCUUUGCUCUGGAGCCUUCUCCAGGUGACUGUGGCACUACCACACAACCUCUGAAAUGGACCCUCUUGACAUGUGAUUCUGGAGAAAAUGAGAAACCUCGCCCCCUGGGAACCUUCCUUCCUUCCCUCGUGAGGAAAUCAGGCAGCACGCUGGUGAAAAGGCAGACAGAUUGGAGGAUGUGCUCUUCACCCGUUUUCUCAGGGACAGAUCCCGCCACUUGCCAGUGGAGGAACCCACAGUUUCCUUUCUUUCUUCAAAACCAAAGGAGGUGCCACUCUUCAGGCUUGUGGGAGUGAACCCACUAAGAUCACAGAAUCUUACCUCAGAGUGGCCAGGUCAAGCACACAGCAGGUGAGAUCUGACUGGAAUUCACCAACUCCAUCCAGCCCGGAGGCCAUGCUCCCACAUAAUGUCCCAGAGACCCCCACAAACUUUUCAAAAGCCAAUUCUUAAAAACUGAGCAUUAAGAAAAUCAUGACAUAAACUAUAUGUAAAUAGUGUACAUCAUUACAUAUUGACUAUUUAUAUUUACACACACAUUUUUGUCAUCUUUAUGGUGGGCACAAAUGAAAUAGGUUGAAGGAUGGGCUAAAGACCAAGGUGCCAUACUGAUUUCAAAACAGCUCUUGUCAAUUAUCUUUAAAACACCGCAUGGAUUGAAACAACAUUUAUCACCUCCCAGUUUCUAUGGGGCAGAAUCCAAGUGUGACUUAAAAGUGGUUGAGGGUGGCUCAGGGUGGUUCACAGGUUGCAGUCAAGGUGCCUGCUCCCAAGUACACUGUGUAGUUGUUGGCUGGAGCCUGUUCCUCACUGGUGGAUGGCCAGAGGUUGGCCAGAUGCUGCCCACAGUCACCUGCCCAGAGGGCCUCUCCGUUCAGAGGUUUACAACAUGGCAGUUUGCUUCCUCAGAGUAAGCAAGGGAGAAAAACUGGAGUGAGAGUGAGUGAGAGAACCAAGUCACUGUCUUUUUAUGACCAAAUUGCAGAAGCGACAUCCCUUUAGUUUUGCCUAUUCUAUUAGUUACAAGUGAGUAACUACAACCAGCCCACACAAAGGGGAAUGGUUACCAAUGGCAUGGACCCCAGGAUGUGGGACACCAUUGGGCAUCAUUUUAGGAGCUACCUAACAUCCUGUCUGAGGUUUUUUUGGCAGGGAGGGUACUGGUGAUUGAACAUAGGGGUGUUUUACCCCUGAGCUAUAUCUCAAUCCAUUUUAUCUUUUAUUUUGAGACAGGACCCUGCUAAGUUGCUGAGGUUGGCCUCAAACUUGAUUGCCUCAGUCUCCAGAGUUGCUGGGAUUACAGGCAUAUGCCACCGUCCCUGGCUACUAACUGAGUUCUUUAGUGGAAUCUGGAAUUCUCUAAGGCAGUGAACUUAAAGUUUUUCCAAAAACCAUCAGCAUCAGCCUCACUUGUGAGAUUGUUUGAAAUGCCGAUUCUUGGGCCCCACUAAGACAUAGAGCUCUAGCUCUUGUGAGCUCUCCAGGUGAUUUGAAUGCACACUAAAAUGUGAGGAGCCAUCUAAGAUGGGGGUUCUCAGGUGUGUAUAAGAAUAAUCUGAGGAACUUGUUGAACAUGAAUUUACUAGUUCUUACAAUUUUGGUUCAGUAGGCCAGGGAUAUGUCUCAAGAACAGGCAUGUCAGGUGAGCAACUCCAGUGAUCCUGAUGUGAGUGGUCUACCCUUGCUCUGAGCAGUGUGUACAUAUAAGGAGAUCAGGCAACCAGGAUCUCCACCUGAGGUCCAUCAGUUUAGAUUUGACUAUGAGACCAUCUGCCCUUUAUUUCUAGCUCUUUGGGCUGAUUGCCUGUUGCUCAUUUGGUGGGCUGGGAAGGAAGGGGUGCGUGGAGUUGUUGUUAUGUCUUCUGGUCACCAAGGUUGUCUACACAUAGGCACAUUUUUCUCUUGGGGACUUGGUUGUCAAAUGCUGUACUCUAGAAAGUAUUUUUUUUUUCCUAGGAAGGAAAUGAAAUUAUUUAAUCCAUUACCAUGUAAAAUAGAUGCCGUUUUUCUCCCACCACAAGCUAUAAAAUCUCCGAGCUGGGAGGAAGGAAUGCUGUGGUUGAGGCUAGCCAGUCUAAUCUCCCAUGCAAAGUCCUUUCAACAACAUUCUUGGGAGAUGGUCAGGGGCACAUGCAUUCCAGAACAGUUACACAUCUUGUAUUUGAAGAAGGCUUGCUUGGUCCUGGAACCCUUGCUAUGAACCAUUCCCAAUGUGACUCGGGUUACAGAUUCUUUCCCUUUCCCACCAACUGAUCAUUCUCCUUUGACCAGAUUUGAUGUUAUUCCUCCUAAAGUGAGGUUCCCAGAGCUUCACCAGAAUUUUGUCAUUGGCCGGCAGGUGAAGAAUACAAAGAGAUAUUAUUUUAAUUAAUGUACUAUAAUGCUGCAUGUUACGUUUGUGUUGAGGGUUUUCUCCUCUCCAGCAUGCAUAUCUUAAUCUUGGCUCACAUUGAGCUUUAUCAUCACUUAAAGCCUCUCCAUCUUCUCACAUGAACUUCUGUUCAGCCAGAUCUUUCUCAUUUGCUGCAAAUACACAUGUAAAUAGACAUAUAUGUAUAUAAACACAUACACAGACACACACAUGUAUGUGAAGGGUGUUAUGUCUGUCUACCUUACAUUUCAUUGAAAGUGUUGAUUACAUUUUUCUAAUUCUGUGUGUUUUGAUUCAUCUGUGAAUAUGGUAAAUUUGCCUCUAACCAGAUAUAAAUAUUCAGUGUGCUUCCAAAGACAAGGGUAAGACUUUUUUUUUUUAAUGAGCAAAACAUUAUACUAUAUAAUUGCAAUUACUAUAUCCUAUAUGUAAAUUGCUUGCUUAGGCUUUAAAAGUUUUUGAAAUUUUCAUUUUGAAAAUGGGGGCAGUUUCCCUUGGAAUUGUGUUGAUGUUCUUUUUCUCAAGAUCCACAGAAAGUGAAGUGGUCAUUGGAUUUGGUCUCUAUUUAUUAUAUCAUAGCCAAAGGUGAAUUUGUUACCUUUUUUAUCUUAUUCCUCAUCCCUGAAUUUCUGUGGGUCACUUCCCUCCUGGCUUCUUGUAUUCAAUCUAAAUAAAGAACAAGGACAGAAUUGCAACAUC